GAGUUUGACCACCACACGUGUCCCACGAUUGUUUGUGGAACCGUGAUUUCACGGAUGAGGGUGUCCUUCAACAACUCGCUGUUCUCCAUCUGCUCUGAAAUCAUCCCAGACUGCCUCUCGUUGGUGGACCCACAGGAUGACCGUGUUUCUAUAGAGGUUCUGUUUGAGGACACCAACCCUGGAUCAGUGAUUAACCAGGCUCUGCCCAGCUUCAACACGACCUCUCACUGCAAGAUUAAACUUGAGCUGCAGGAUGAAGCCCUGAGAACUCGUAUGGUGAUUGUACUGUACAACUAUGAAGAAAUGUCAGCAAUUCAGAUCAUUGCAACAAGUGACUUCAGCUCAUCUAAGCUGGUAUUACUGGAUGAAGUGAAUAACAUCCCAGUUUAUUCUGUGUCCUUUAACUUGGCUGACUCUGACCUGCAGAAUGGAGUAAUUUUCUCAUUGAGCACCUGCCCAUUUGCAGGAUGCUGUUUAACCCUCGGGCUCAAAAUGAGUUUAAAAGGACAAACAACUAAGUCUUUCAAGGUCUGCAGUUCUGUUAUCACAACAAGCUCCCUAGUGAAGUCCAGACGGAGUGUUUCUCUGAACCUGGGAAAGUUUGCUGUUUGUGAAGGGACAAUUGGGGCAGCCAGAGGUGAGAAGGUCCAUUCCAAGUACUCCUCACCACCCCCUACUGCUGUGAAUAUUGCUCAGAGGCCAUCUUGGAUUCAUCUAUCCCACUGCAAGCUCAUCAGCAUCAACUGA